GAUAAAAGACAGACUGAGAAAGGGUACAAGGGGUCCCUUGGGAAGGAGAAGGGGUCCUGGAGGCGAAGCCUGGGCUAAGGGAGGGUGUCAGCAGAGAGAGGUGAGGAACUUCCCUGUCUGUCCCCCUCCCAUCCCCUCCCCCGUGGGGCUCCGCAAGUCCAGGAGCGCCUCAUUGAUAUGUAAACGAGGGCCCUAUAAAGGCAGCACCGCCUCCGGCUGGCUCAGUUACGACAACAUGGGCACUGAGCUCGAGACCCAGGGCAGCUCUGGCGGCCCCGCUGGCAACUUCCGCAAGAUCUCCAAGCCGCUGAUGGAGAAGAAGCGACGGGCGCGCAUUAAUGUGUCUCUGGAGCAACUCAAAUCAUUGUUAGAGAAACACUAUUCGCACCAGAUCCGGAAACGCAAGUUGGAGAAGGCAGAUAUACUGGAGCUCAGCGUCAAGUACAUGAAAAGCCUUCAGAACUCGGUGCAAGGGCUCUGGCCGGUCCCCAGCGGAGCCGAAUACCCGUCGGGCUUCCGCGGCUGUCUGCCCGGCGUUAGCCAGCUUUUGAGGCGCGGAGAGGAGGGCUGCGGCGGCCUGCGCUGCCCCCUGGUGCACGAGCGCGCGGGUGGCAGCACCAUGGACAGCGCCAGCUCCGGCCCUGAGGCGCCAGUCUCCGCCUCCUGA